AUGUCGAGGCUCGUGGUCGUUGUUGGCAUCACCGGCAAUCAGGGAGGAAGUGUCGCAGAUACCUUUCUCGCUGACACCAACUGGCGUGUCCGAGCCAUCACGCGAGACCCAUUCAAGCCCGUCGCCCAGGAAUGGACAGCCCCAGGCGUCGAGCUGGUGGCCGCCGAUCAGGACGACGUCGACUCCCUGACGAAGGCCUUCACGGGAGCACACGCCAUCUUCGCCAUGACCGACUACUGA